AGCUCCGCUGUGCCAGCACGCAACUCUCACUGUGUGGCUGGCGCAGCCUGCGGAAACAACAGCUCCUGCUUCAGAGCAGCCCGUCCUUUCGCCCUACAGGAGACCCCUCCGGAGCAGGCGUGCGAUGGCCGGCAAGAUACGAGACGAAGACCUGGAAAGGGUGACGGCCGUCUUCAAGUCCGUCAAGCUGGUGGACGGAGAAGCCAAGCUGCAGGCAGUUCUGGACCUGUACGAUCGCUUCAAGCUGGACGUCGCAGUGACCGGGGGGUCGCGCGCCAGCAACAUGAGGUUGAUCAACGUCAUCCGGGGGCUGGGGGGCCACGGCGACGGGGCGGGCCCGGCUGGGGAGGCCGAGGGCGCCGCCGAGCCCGCCAUGUUCCCCCACCCCGCGCAUCCCGACGUGCGGAUCUGGAAUCUGCCGGGGCUGACCACCCCUUCCUUCAGCUCCCAGGACGGCGCCCAGAAGCUGAACGUCGACUUGCACGACGUCCUCGUCGUGAUCACGUCCGAGCGCUGCCAGGACGACAACGCCCUCCUGGCCGCCGAGAUCCAGAAAAGGCAGAAGUUUGUCUACUUUGUCCGCCCGGAAAAGGAGGAGGACCUGCUUCCCAUCAGCAGGAAUCGCGACGUCUGCAAAACCUGCGCUUGGGAGAGAAUGAGGGAGCAGCAGAUCGCUUCCCUGGGAAGGGAAUCCGUCCUGCCGGAUUUGGAACUCGACAUUGUUGGCUUUGCCGAUCUGGAGAAGAUCUUGACCAAAGCCUUUCCAGAACUGAAGAAGAAGGCGUUCAGCCUGUUCAUGGUAAACGUCACCAGGGAAAUUCGGGGCCCCAAGUUCAUGACCAAGACGAGCGCCUUGCCGGAAGUCGUUAAGAUGGAGAAAAUGAGCAGCGAGGACCUGGAAACGAUCCGGGCCGUGUUUCAGUCCGACGACCUGACCGACGAGGCGUCCAAACUCCACGCCAUACUGAGCGCGCUGGAUCACUUCCAGCUGGACAUCGGGGUGGUCGGGGAAGCAGGAUGCGGGGCGUCCACCUUUGUCAAUGCCCUCCGGGGGCUGAAGGAUGGUGAUGAAGGCGCCGCCCCCACUGGGGUAACCGAUACCACCACAGAACCUGCGGCGUACCCCCUCCCCACUCACCCCGAUGUCAGACUGUGGGAUCUCCCUGGAAUGGGCCGCCUGACGGACACAGACCCGCCCCCCGCAGACGGUGCCCCCCAGAUCGGGCCCCCGCCUUGCGAUUUCUACAUCAUUCUGUCCUCGGAGCGCCUGAGACUCAGCCCCGUCCUCCUCGCCCGCAAGCUGGCCGGCUCGAGAAAGGGCUUCUGCUUCGUGCUCUCCAGGGUGGACCUGGCGAGAGAGCCGCAGCGGGCAGGGGAGCCGGGGGAGGGCGAGGACGCCGCCCUGCUGGCGGUCAGGCAGACCUGCGCCGAAGGACUGCAGCGGGCCAAGCUCUCCGGCAGCUCCGUGUUCCUGGUCUCCGGGUUGCAGGCGGAGAAGUUCGACUUCCCCAGCCUCAGGAAAACUCUGCAGGAGGACAUUCCCGAGCUCAGGCGGCGUUCCUUCGUCCUUUAUAUGGCCGAGCUGGCCAAGCAGAUCUGGGAGAAAAACGACCCUUGUGUGCUGAUGUGAUGUUAUAGCCUUCUGAGCUACGGGCUCUACACUAUAUUUCUGCAGCUUUUCUUCUCUUUUCUUAUUUAACACCUCAGAAAUAGAAAAAAAAUGAAAAUUGUAAUUUUUGAUUGCUAUCAGCGAGAGGGAUUUAGCUCUUAAAUAGACAUGAAUUGAUGUUUUUUUGUUUUACAAAGCAAAGAGAGAGGUGAUCUCCAGGUGAAUAUAAUAACAAACUGAAUGUGUUCCCUAUUUAUGGUGGAUAUUGAUUCAUGUCCAGUGUCUUUUAUGGAGAAUUCAAGUUAAUGGAUUAUGUUUAUUAUCAGAAAUAAACAUGAUGAAGAACAUAGACACAAAUCAGCUUAUUAAAAGAUAAAUCUAAGCAUUAGGUGCUGCAUUGUAUAAAAUUAUGUAGUUUUCAUAGGGGUGGAAAUUUAUGUUAAGUGUCAACUUGAUGAACUAUAAGUUAAAUAAAGA